AUGAGCUGGAAGUCUUCUGGGCAGCUCGUAAAAGGACCCCUGACGAGCUCAAAUCAUCAUAAGCUGGAUCCGAGGUACAGGCCGAAUCUAGGCGGUCUUACGGCUUUUCAGCGAGAGCAACAGCUAGCGAGGCACUAUGGGUCAGGUCAGGCUGGCCCAUCCACAGUCAAAACGGAGUGGGAUGUCCUGAAGGAGAACCAUAGAUUCAUUCGUGAUGACGAAGAGCCCGGAGAUGUCUCUUGGGAAGAGCGUCUUGCAAGAGCGUACGAAAGCAAGUUGUUCAAAGAGUUUGCCUUGAUCGACCUGAAACACUAUAAAUCUCGGCGACUAGCCCUUCGGUGGCGGACAGCUCCAGAAGUUGUCGAUGGCAUCGGCGAGGACACCUGCGGAUCUCUACGAUGCAAAUAUCACAAGGGAACGGAGACUAUACCUUCGACACCACAAGUCGACUUUGACGAUAUCGGUCCUUCGAUCAGCGAACGGAGAUACGAUCCUGGAGAGGAGGACCGCGCACGCCGGAAGAAGAAACGGAAGAUGCCGGCGUUGCGGUCAUUCGAACUGCCAUUCGUGUAUGAAGAAGCGGGACAGAGGAAAGAAGCUCUGGUCAAAGUCAGACUAUGCCCUAGGUGUCAGGCUAAGCUGACUUGGAAGCCUGGCAAGGAGGUACAAUCGGACAGCGAGGACGAAGCGGAACAGAGGGACGAGCGGAUCCCUGGGUCACGAGAUGAGGACAGUAGGAGGUACCGUCAAGAUCAGGGAGCGGAACCUGCGCGAGAUGGUGCUCGCCACUCGGGCCGGUCUCAUCCUCCAUCGCGGCGGAGAACAUCGGAUUUUGAGGCUGACGACCGCGCGAGGUCAAGGUCUCCUCCGCCUCGCCUCGCUCGGCAUUAA